AUGCAAACGAAUCCGAAUUAGAUAAAUUAUAAUGUGACGAAAAGCAAAAUUCAUAAUUAUGACAAUAAAAAAGAUUUUCAGGACAGUUUUUUUAGAAUUACUAAUACAAAACCUGAUAACAAAAAUUUUCAUAUAUUUUUUAUUCUAAUUGAUUUUCCUUAAUGCUAUAAUAAGGAAAAAAUUGAAGAAAAUAAUAGCGGAAUUCUACAGGGAUAGAUUAUCAAUUACGUGAUUGAGCAUUAAUAAGCUCUAAAUAACAAUCAAAAGUUUAUAUUUCAUAAACGCAAUUUUUAAACCCAAUAUAUAGAAGAGGAUUUCAUAUAACAAAUAGUUUAGCUAUUUAAUAAGCUCUUAGAAGGAGAAAAAUCGUCAAUUUUACUUCAGAAUGCAAAUUUAUGUUAUUAUUAAAUUAUUUAAAAUAUAAACAGCUCCAUAAGUGAAUUUAACUCUAAUUUUGAAUAAUAAAAAAAGAAAGAAGAUUUUAAAGUUACUUUAAUAGGAAUAACUACAGAAUUUGAUUUAAAGUUAAUUGAUUCAAAAUAUUUUUAAUCCUUUUAAAGCUUCACUUUAAUGAUCUAACAACCUAAUUAAUAAUGUAGUAUCAAAAAAUAAGAGAUUUAAGAUUUAAUCAUGUAAGAUUAAUAUUUCCUAAAAAUUAAUCUUAACGAAAACCUUAAUAAAAUAACUAAUUAAAUAAAUCAUCUUUAUAGAUACUUUGUAAAAACAAAAAUAAAAAGCUUUAAACCAAAAUUAAUUAUUUUAUUGUUAGAAAUUAGUGAUAAUUUUGAUUUUGAGACUUAUUACUUGUAAAAGUUGGUUAAAUAAUUAGAAAAAAUUUCAUAAAACUCUUUAAUUGUAAUACCUUUUUUAAAUUAAGUAAAAUGUGUAUCAAUAUAUGAAAAAUAUUUAAAAUCAAUUAUUACACUAUCCAAUGCAUUUUUAGAUUACUCAUAUAGAAGAAAAAAUAAUGAUUUUUAAUUAUGUGAGGAAAUUUGUGCUCAUUAAUAUAAAGAAUAUAGUCAAUAUUUUUCAUAGACACAAAAAGAAGAUCAAUUGUUUAAUCUUUAAUUUCUAUCUUUAAAAGUUAUAAAGAAAUAAUAUGAAUCGAAUAAUAUGGAAAUUGAAUAAGAAUUGAAAAAAUAAAUUUAACCUAAUUUAAUUAAUCCUUAACAAUAAAAAAGUUAGUUAGAUAAUUAAAAUAAACCUUUUGAAUUUAAUCUUAUUGGGAUUCUGAAUGCAUAAAAUUAAAUUGAAUUGAAAAAACUAUAUGAAAAAACUUCAAAACUUCCUAUAAACAUUUCUACAGUUUAAUACUUUAUUUUUUAUAAUAAUAAUUCAUUUAUUAUUUGCAUUGUUAAUAAAUAAAAUUAACUAUUUUAUAAAAGACACUUUUAUUAGAAGUAAACAGAACAAUAAAUUGUAGAUUCAAUAUAUCUUGAUAAAUAUAGAUAUGAGAUUAAUAAAGAAUAAAGAAGUUCUUUUUUAUUGGAUGAAAAUUUUUUUUAUGAAUUUAAUGUAGCCUGUUAGUAAUUUUUAAUAAAAGAUUCUUGGUAAAAAUAGUAUUAUGUGUAGGUAAGAAAAUUCGAUUUAAAUGAUGAAAAAUUACCAGAUAUAAUCUGUAAUUAUGAAAAUGUUGAUUAAAAUAAAUUGAUAAAAUAAAUAAAUUUUACAGUUACUUGUCUUAAAAAAAAUCAAUUUAUUUUAUUAGGAGGAUUUUAUUUAAAGCCUACAACUGAUUCAAAUAAGAUAAGUAAUAAUUUUUCUGUAGGUUCAUAAUCUAUAAUUGUUGAAAUUGAUUAAGAAAAUAAAUUAAAAAUUGCUGAAAAUCGAGGAAAAUUAAAAGAAUUUGAAUUUCCAAUUGCCUUAAAUAUUAAUGAUCAAUCUUUUCUUUAUUUUGAUGCAUAAACUUAAUACUUAGCAGCUCCAAUAAAUUCAUAAAUAAAAAAGAUAACAAUAUUUGGAUAAAGACAAGAUUUGAUUUCAGAAAAUUGUAAGAAUAUAAAUUAAAAGGAAUAUGACUUUUAUCAAAUCAAGAGUAAAUUAUUUAGAUCAAAUCAUUUGAAUUCUAAAUUGAUUUAGAAAAUUAAUAAAUCUAACUAUCUUGAGUAUUAUAUUGUUGUUUAAGAAUUUAUUGAAGACAAUUUAAAAAAACUAGAUUAAUAAGAUAUUAUUGAUGUAAAAAAUCUUUCAAAAUAAUUAUAAUUACAAGCUCAUAGGUUUCAUUUUAUAUUUGAUAAAGCAAAAUCAACUCUUGAUAUUUAAGUUGAAAGUUCUUAAUGUAUCAUAGGAUAAUUUGAAAAAUAAAGCAGUCUUAGAAAUGCUUGCCUUUAUACUAACGUAAAAGUUUUAUAUAAAAUUUUAGUGGCUGGAAGAUAGGAAUAAUUAAUAUAUCUUUAAUUACAAUAGACAUUAAAAUUUAUAUUUAUUGUAUUUUAAUGAUAAAAUUAAAAUGAAUAUCAGAAAAUUUAUAUUUGAAGAUACCAAUGAACAAAAUGAUAAUUAUGAUUUUGAUGAAGUCAUUUUAAAUGAUUUAGAAAAUGAGCAAAUAUGGAUAGUAAGAAAGAAUAAUCAUUAAGAUUAUAUUACAUUAGAUUUAUUUGAAAGGUAUUUAAAUAUAAAGAAAUUAGUGAUUGGAUUAAUUUGUAAGAUGUUAAAGAUUCAGUUGAAGAUUCAAUAACAAAAGUUUCAAUGAAUUUUAUUUAUUCAAUUACUUAAACUAGCGAAGAUUUUUGUUUAAUUGGACUAGAAGUAAAAUGGGAAUUAGAAGAUGGCUAAAGAUGUCCAUAUUUAAUCGUUUGUACUAACAAUUGCAUUUAUGAUAUUUCAAUCAAAAUGAUAAGAAAAUCAAAAUGGGAUAAUAUUUUAAGAUAUAAGCCAAAUACUUGGAUUAAAGAACCAUUAUAGUUUUAAGAAUCACCUAUUCAUAAAUAAAGAUAGGUUUAAUUUAACCUAAAUAUGUCAAUACCAACAAUUAUAGCUAGCUUGAAAAAUGGAGAUUUAUUGGUAUUUUAUACUUAUUGUAAUGUAAAAAAAGAGAGUUACAAACUCUAUGAAUUAGAAAUCUAGUAUUUGAUUUUAAAAGAUUUAAAUUAAUCAAAUAAUGAUCAAAUUUAAUCUGAAGAUCUCGAUCAUUAAAGAAAAUUUUAUUUCAAAACCAUCAAAUACAAUUCAAAUUAAGAAGUUAACCUUGCUAGAAUUAAUAUUGUACUUUUAGGAAAUAAUGAAUUCGAAUUCGAAUUUUCAGUUAUUGUAGAAGAAUCUGAUUCAAAGUUAUAUAAAGUUUUUUCAGGUAAUGAACAAAAAAAUGUAAAAUAAUAUAUAACAGAGUUGAAAUAAUGUAAAAUUUUGAAUGACACUGCCCCUCUAAAGAAUUAAUGUCUUAUAAUAGAUUAAGGCAAUUAAGUUUAUCAUAUGAAAUGAC